UACACUCUGUUAGGAUGUAAUGGAGACUACUUGUGAAAACCUCAGGCUAACUGUAACAUGAAAAUAAAACAAACUGAGAUGGGUGAGAAUUAUGUGUUUGUUGAUGUGUUAUUUUAGGGAGGGGUGACACGGUCUGCUUCUUUUGACUUCAACAUGCAAGGAACACUAAAUGAGUUGAGUCAGCUGCAGCGCUCCCAAUUUGGUCAGCCAGAACCAAGGCAUGGACUUCGCCUUCUGUUUUGGUUUGCAAAUGAAUUCAUUGAAUUUGACUCCAACGUAAUGGUUGCUACAGAGCAUCCGAAUACUGCUGCGUUUGGCUUCCACCCCUUUCACAACAGGCCAGAUCAUAAUGGUGACACUCUUCUUCCUGAAACUGAGAGUUCGGAUUUCUAUGAGGUUGGAAACCUUAAUGAGACAAAUGCUUACCAAUUCCCGGCCUACGUCAGAGAAGAUUACACUGGCCUCCUGGAUGGCAGCAAUACUGAUCGCAUCAUUGUGGACAUGGAUGGCUGUAAUGUUUAUAAAGUGUAUGUAACUAGCCAUUCAGAUCAAUCAAAUUUCUCAUCCAGUGAAACUUACCGCAUCAGCCAGGGCCUCAUAAGCAUUAUAAGUAGAAUGACUUUGGAGGACUUUCUGUCAAAAAUGAAUCCACCAAAGCCAUCGACUGGUUUCACAUCAUAUAAUAUGUAUCAACCAAAGCAUUUUCCAGUGUUACAGCCUGGUAACAGGGGCAUGCCAAUGCAGCCAUCACUGUCACAGCUGGGUAACACAUAUGCACCCCCACACUCAUCUGUGUCACAGCCACAUAACAGGGAUCCACCAAAGCAAGCACCUGUGUUGCAGGUGACUACACCAAAGCAGUCAGCUGUGUCACAGCCAGAUAACAGGGAACGUCAGAAAGACACAUGUGAGGUGACAAUAGAUAAUGGUGUUAUCCCCAGGAAUGACAGCUGGUGGAAAAACUGCAUUAUUUUGUAGUUUUGGUUGUAGCUGUCAUCGUCAUUGUUGCUUGAAACAAUUUUUAAAUUCACUACUCAAUGGAAUUGAUUUCCCAUCCUGCAUUGUGUAAAUCUCUCCAUGUCCUGUCAAAUACUUAUACAUUAAAGUUAAAAAGCUGAUACAGCUGUGUUUGUGUUAUUAACCUCUCUGUCUCUGUAGCAGAGAGAACAAUAGUCACUAA